AUGAAGAUCACUCCUUUCUGGGUCUCGAUCGCCCUAUGGGUUCCACAGGCUCUAGCAGACUCUACUGAAUCCAUAGCGACAUCUGCUACAUCCACUACCUCUACUGCCGCGGCACCAACCUGUACAUCUUCCCUCAUUACCAGUCUCUGCGGCUACCAGCGCCCUGGUCCAGAGUUUGCCGUCGCCAGCGACGGCAGGGCCUUCUGCUGGGACUACUGUAACGCCCACCCUCCCUGCGACUUUGUUAUCUUCCGCGCCGGCAACCCUUACACGGGCACCGGCACGUGCUGGCUGUAUCCGGGUGAAACCUUCGACGCGAGCAAAGGCAGCACGGACUGCGCCAAUCCCUACCUGUCCGUCUACAGCAAGCCCGUGUGUACUGGGGGCGCAACCACCACUGCUGGCGCCUGCGCCGCCACCGCGACUCCCUCUGCUGUUGCCUCGGUCUGCGGGUACCCGCCGCCUGGUGACUGCUUUUACACUUGUGCCGCUAGUUCGGGUGCAUCGCAAUGCUUGAGUCUAUGUGCAGAGGCCGAUUCCUGCAGCUAUGUUGUCUUUAAUCCGAGGAAUCCAAGCCUCUCACCGUAUGCCUCGGGUACUUGCUGGAUGUAUGCGAACGGCACAUUUGACGCUGGGUCUGUGACCGAUUGCACUGGCGCUCCUGAGCAGUUUGUGUAUGACAACGUGUGCCCCAAGCCAUCACCUUCGUCGUCUUCCCUUUCAUCAUCAUCUCUCUCUAGUGGCACUAGAUCUGCAGGCACUACUCCGGGCUCAACCACUAGCGCUGCUAUGGAACGCUCUAAUGGCACUGAAACUGUAAGCGAAAAUUCUGCGCCUGCCGGCCGCUCGCUCAGUAAUCCAUUGGCUAUCGGCGUGGCUAUGUUAAUGUGGCAGGCUCUUUAA